UAAAUCCAAGUGUUUUGAGUAGAAAACCACGGAGAAAGCAACACUGCGCAUUCAAAUUCACAUUUCCAUCUCCAUUAGAGAUCACAAAAUGUUCCUUCUCAAAACAUGGAGAUCAACAGCUUUUGGGCUGUACGGGUACCUGAAUUUCACAAAAUCUGGCUUUCUGGAGCAUUCUAAAAAGUUUAAGGCUGAAGAUAUGCAGGCACAGAUUGAAGGAAAGAUUUGCAUCGUAACAGGAGCAAAUUCGGGGAUCGGUUAUGCUACUGCUGAGGGCCUUGCUUCACGAGGGGCAACUGUCUUUAUGGUGUGUCGUAGCAAGGAAAGGGGAGAAGCUGCUGCUGCCAAGAUUCGUUCUGCGACGGGUAACCAAGAUGUUCAUCUGGAGGUAUGUGAUCUUUCAUCAGUCAGUGACAUAAAGUCUUUUGCAUCCAGAUUUUCAUCAAAGGAUGCUCCUGUUCAUGUUUUGGUUAACAAUGCUGGCUUGCUUGAGCAUAAACGAAUUACCACAUCAGAAGGAUUUGAGCUGAAUUUCGCUGUUAAUGUAUUGGGAACUUAUGCAAUGACGCAAUUAAUGGUACCUUUGCUGGAAAAAGCUGCACCUGAUGCUCGAGUCAUCACAGUCUCCUCUGGUGGAAUGUACACGGCUCCCUUGACCACAGAUCUAGAGUUUACCGAUGGGAAAUUUGAUGGGGUUGAACAGUAUGCUCGCAAUAAACGAGUUCAGGUUGCUUUAACAGAAAAAUGGGCUAAGUUGCAUGAGAACAGAGGAAUCUCAUUUUACUCAAUGCACCCAGGUUGGGCUGAGACACCUGGAGUAGCUAAGAGUUUACCCAGUUUCAGUGAAAGGCUUUCAGGGAAGCUUAGAACAAGAGAGGAAGGUGCGGAUACAGUUCUCUGGUUGGCUUUACAGCCAAAAGAAAAAUUAGCGUCCGGCGCCUUCUAUUUUGACAGGGCUGAAGCCCCUAAGCACCUUAUGUUUGCAGCUACUGAACGCUCUCAUGCACUAAUCGACUCCAUUUUUGAAAGGCUUGCUUCUGUGUCUGCUCUUGCUUCAUGACUACAAAGAAUAGUAAAUUGAUCCAUCACGCACUUGUUUUAAAGAAAAUGUUUGGCCUGGGAUGGUCUUGGCUAGUAAUGAAAAUUAGUGCAUGCAUGCGUGAUUAGUAGUAAUGCAUGGUAUGAAUUAAUGAACAAGAAAUGUAAUUAAUUAUUAUUGUCAUCAUAAUUUAGUUACUGGUUGCAAUUCUUGCAA